ACCCGGUUACGCACAUCACCCUCAGAAGUUUCCCGCCAUUAUCAAUAUCUCUUUCCUCUUUAUUCACUGCUUGAACUCUGAAAAAAACCCUCGAAAUCGCAAACCCUAGAAUUCGACGAAAUCUCAAUUAAUGGAGGCUGAAAUCAAAGCAGAAUUCAAUAAAAGUGGGUUCAACAUCGCCGAUGAAGAUGCAGUUCUCGGAAAAUGUCUUACAUUUUGUAUAAAUUACAAACUUACGCCUUCAGAUCUAGUCUCAAGUUGGGAAGUCUACUAUCUUAACAGGCAAAUGAAUGAGUCUACUGUACAAAAUGCUGAAAUGGAUGGAUUUCUUUUGCACCUACAAAAUGAGCAGAAAGAAGCAUUGAUCAAGGAGGAGCCUGGUUUGCAUGCGUAUUCCAUUCGUGAUGUAGAUAUGAUUUUGAACGAAGAACCAGACGAUAUAAAAGGUGUUCUAGACACCCCAACUAACAGACCCUUGGCUCGGUACGAAGAGUUAGGUGCUUCAGCACAAGGAACAACUGGAAACCUUCUCUCCUCCAGCAAGCAGUCGAGCAUUAUUACACCCUUUGGACAGAGAACCAACAAAUUUGUGGUUCAGUUUAAGACCAAAACUGAAUCUAUUUCAGAAAAUGGAAAAAAAGAAUCUGAAGAUGAAGACAUGGGUGAUGAAUUUAUUCGAAGGGCUCAACCAAAGAAAAGGUGCUCUUUAGUCAUUCAUGGAUCCAAGCCAGAACCUGGUUGCAAAUUUAUGUAUGAUAGAAUUGAAGACAGGUUUGAUUUUCUUGUAAACCGCAUCAAAAAACAUACGUCAGCAUUUCUUGCUUCUGGACAAUCUGAGGAAGACCCGACAGUGGCCUCACAGAAAAGUGUGUUUGCUGUUGGAAUGAUCCGUUGUGAUGGAGAAGGCCGCCUAAAUGAGAAAUCAGUCACACUGCAAAGCAGUGUUGAGCAUUCAGGAGGAGAACUUGUACGCCUUGAAUUAGAAAAAAUGGACCGAUAUUCCAUCUUUCCGGGGCAGGUGGUUGGCGUUGUUGGAACCAAUCCCAGUGGCCAUUGUUUAGUUGCUUCAAAGUUAGUGGAUACUAUUCCCUUGUUGCCCUCUUCUGAUUUGAAUCCUCAUCCUGCUAAGAAAUUAGCUUUGGACGAAGAGGACCUUCCUAAUUGUCAAUCACCAGCAAUGGGUGAACUAUCAAUGAUCAUAGCAGCAGGCCCAUUCACUACAACAGACAAUUUGUUAUUUGAGCCUCUAAAAGAGUUGCUUGCAUUUGCAACUAGAAAGCAGCCACAGUUGCUUAUACUAUUGGGACCUUUUGUUGAUUCUGAACACCCUGAGAUUAAGAAAGCAACCAUUGACCAGACCUUUGAUGAAGUAUUUGACCAAGAAAUCACCAGAAAGUUGCAAGAUCAUGUUGAAUACAUGGGUUCUUCCACUCGCGUGCUUCUAGUGCCAUCUAUACGAGAUGCUAACCAUGAUCCUGUUUUUCCUCAGCCUCCGUUUGACUUGACUUCUGAGAACAUAGACCAGAUAACGAGUAUCACAAACCCAGGAGUAUUUGAUGCAAACGAGGUAAAGGUAGGAUGCUGCACUGUAGAUGUCAUAAAGCAUCUCAGUGGAGAAGAGAUAUCCAGGAAUCUGUCAGGAGACCGUUUAAGCAGAUUGGCGACCCAUAUUAUCAGCCAACGCAGCUUCUACCCUCUAUAUCCACCAGCUGAUAGUGUCCCGUUGGACUUCUCAAUCGCUCCAGAAGCUCUAAGUAUUUCCUCCAUUCCACAUAUACUCAUUCUACCAUCUGACUUGGCUCCUUUUGCAAAGGUGCUUUCACUCAAUGCAGAAGCCGAAGAACAAGAAAAUGUUAAAUGCCUAUGUGUGAAUCCUGGGAGACUAGCCAAGGGUAUAGGAGGUGGUACAUUUGUGGAGUUGUAUUACCAUGAAAGUCCAGAGACAGCAUACGCAUCAAUCAUUCGCAUAUAGGCCUUCCUCUUUAGGAACUGAAAGUUGAGAAUUAUCAGAUUGUUAUUUGCUCUGACAUUCAAGGAAAUCAUCUGCGACAGAGAAGUUCAGUGCUGGAAGAUCCAGUUUGUAUGAAUAUUUGGUUGUCUGGUGCAGAUCAGCUCUAAGAGAUACAGAAUUUCAGAACUAGCAAUAUACGGUGUUUUAUCAUCUGUCAUUUACGCGGGCUAAUGUAUUUAGAUUCUUAGGUUAACAGUGUUCAUCACUUCAUUGGCACAUUUUAUUCAUGUAACAUAUCAGAUUUACACCGUGAUGGAUUAUUAGAUCAGCAAUUAGAAAUUGUAAUCUCAUGUUUUCCAUCCAUUUAUUUAUAAAGAUGCCAAUUUCAUCAUGAAAAA